GAAAAGUAAAAAUUCCUUGUAUUCGAUAAAAAGAAAAAACUCACGACUUUCUCUAAUCUCACACAAUGAAAUGAAUCUGGAAUCACAGAAAGCGAAUAUUUCCAUCAAUUUCGUGCAGCUUUGUCUUCAUAUUUUGCAAGUCACGUCCACUGUUUUAAUGCUUUGCGCAUUCUCUUAAUCGGUUUCUAAAAUUAUCUGCGGGAACAUAAUAUUCAGACGUCACAAUCUGUGUUAAGGUCGAGCAAAGGAAAAGUGGAGCGAAUAUUCGCUCGUCACUGUCGAACUGCAUUUCACGCGAAAACUUUAUCGACAAGCCGAUGUUCCAAGAAAAAGAGAAUGAAAAAGCGAAAAAGCAUAAACUUACGAUAGCCUUAUGAAAAAAUAGAUAAGUAAUAAAAAUAAUAAUGUCUUAGAGAAAUAUUAUUCAAGGCCAUAUUGACGAGAAAAAUAGGUUUUGACACAGAGCCGAAAGUUUAGACAUUAUCCAGUGACUCUCCCGUAUCAAGCGGAGCCAGGCACUGUUUAUAGAUUACCACCGGGCGUACACUGUUGGUUGCUAUAGCUUGAAAACGGUUUUCCACCUGUGUGCCACCUUUCGUCGGCACGAAGGAAUCUCUCAAGGGUUGUAUCCAGCGUGGGGGAGUCGAUCACGGUUAGCCACACAGCGAAGUAACCCCGUCCACCAGGAUAGAACUGUUGAAAAAUGGAAGAACCCUUAUCUUGGAGGAUACCUGAAAGCACUCGACGAGAAUCCCAUUCGGCUGGCAGUUGAUAAACCGAAGGAAAGGGUCGUGGAAAGAUCGUAGGCCUAUCGAGAGUGGCAGGUAAGAAGUAAAAAGGAAGGAAGAAAAAGCGUAAUCUAGAGUGGACAAACGUCAAGAAAAAGACGUUUGGAGGACGUGAAAGAACAUAAAGAGGGAUGUCUGAAUGGGUGGUGUCUGCUCGUGUCGAGGUCGCGGUAGCCAGGUGAAUGCUGGCUCGAUCCUUGAUCGAGUGAUCAGUCAUGCGAGCGACGAGGAUCAAUGUCUAUUGUAUCGUCUGGCCAAUUAUAAGAAGGGCGGCGAGCUGAUCGAGUCGUACAAUCAAGGUGGCCAAGCGGAAGUGGAAAAAUUGAUCAGGGAACAGUUCGGUGUACUGAUGUACGCAGAUGGGAAGGGUCAGGCGAUCAAUCGGGCGGAAUAUCUACGUUGGAAAUUCCGUGACCUCGAGCAGGUUGUGCUACCAAUAGAGGCUUCUUUGUCACAGUUUGAUCCUCUGGCUCAAUGGAACGAUCAUGAAGCAUGUUGGCAGAUGCAAUAUAGAGGAUCACUCGGAGAGACUCUCCUGCAUGUCCUGAUUAUAUGCGAUACCAGGAUACACACACGACUAGCGCGUAUUCUGCUUAAGUGCUUUCCACGAUUGGCUAUUGACGUAGUCGAGGGCGAGGAGUACCUCGGCGCUAGCGCUCUGCAUCUCGCUAUCGCGUACAACAAUAAUGAACUGGUUCAAGAUCUCGUGGAGGCGGGAGCGAUUAUUUCUCAGAGGGCGAUAGGCAGCUUUUUCCUGCCUAGGGACCAACAACGAACGAAUCCAGCUAAGAAUACGGAUUACGAGGGAUUAGCAUACCUGGGAGAGUAUCCCCUCGCCUGGGCUGCUUGCUGUGCAAACGAGAGUGUUUACAACUUAUUACUCGACUCUGGCGCUGAUCCCGACGAGCAGGACUCUUUUGGGAACAUGAUACUACAUAUGGUAGUCGUUUGUGAUAAAUUGGACAUGUUCGGGUAUGCCCUCCGUCAUCCGAAGCUUCCUGCUCGCAAUGGGAUCGUGAAUGCCGCCGGACUGACCCCAUUGACGCUCGCCUGCCAGCUGGGUCGCGCAGAGGUCUUUCGGGAGAUGUUGGAACUGUCUGCACGAGAAUUCUGGCGUUACAGUAAUAUCACCUGCUCGGCAUAUCCGCUGAAUGCACUCGACACGCUGUUACCUGACGGCAGAACAAACUGGAACUCCGCGCUAUUUAUCAUUCUGAACGGUACGAAGGAGGAGCACUUGGACAUGCUGGACGGUGGUAUUAUUCAGCGAUUACUCGAGGAAAAAUGGAAGACCUUUGCGCGGUUGCAGUUCUUGAAACGGUUGAUCAUCCUGGUGUUCCAUCUGACAUCACUCUCGCUAGCCGUGUAUAUGAGACCGUCAAACAUCGAUGCCACCCUCCUGGAAUGGCCGGAAGAAAUCACGGAAGUUGGACGCAUGAUCGCGGAGUGCACCACGGUAAUAGGUGUGCUGAGCUACAUUUUGGUGCAACUAGGCGGCGAGGUAGUCAACAUUGGUCUUCUAUCGUUCAUGAAACAAUUGAGUCACGAGCCUGCCAAGCUCAUAUUCUUGAUCAGCAAUCUGCUCAUACUCGCGUGCAUACCAUGUCGUCUUGCUGGUAAUAGGCAUGCUGAAGACGCGAUACUCGUGGUUGCUGUUCCCGGCUCUUGGUUCCUCCUCAUGUUCUUUGCUGGCGCUAUCCGGUUGACCGGUCCAUUCGUUACCAUGGUCUACAGUAUGAUAACCGGUGACAUGUUGACCUUCGGGAUAAUCUACAUGGUGGUGCUGUUCGGAUUUUGCCAGUCGUUCUACUUUUUGUACAAAGGCUUCCCGGGAGUGAAAUCAUCCCUCUACAGUUCCUAUCACUCGACCUGGAUGGCACUGUUUCAGAUAACCCUCGGCGAUUAUAACUAUACGGACCUCGGCUACACAACCUACCCUAAUUUAUCGAAGAUGGUGUUCGCCAUAUUUAUGGUCCUGGUGCCCAUACUGCUGUUGAAUAUGCUGAUUGCGAUGAUGGGCAACACUUACGCGCAUGUGAUCGAGCAGAGCGAGAAGGAAUGGGUGAAGCAAUGGGCGAAAAUCGUGGUUUCUCUGGAGCGUGCAGUCGCGCAGAAAGAUGCGCAGAAUUAUUUGCAAGAAUACAGUAUUAAACUGGGACCUGGAGAUGACCCGAACAACCCCGCCUCGGAACAGCGCGGAGUCCUGAUUAUUAAAAGUAAAUCGAAAACCAAGGCGAAGCAACGCAAAGGCGCGGUGGCUAAUUGGAAGCGCGUAGGCAAAGUGACGAUAAACGAAUUGAAGAAACGUGGUAUAACAGGAGAGGCGUUGCGACGAGUCAUGUGGGGCCGAGCAUCUUUCUCCACUCCUGUUAGAACGAGUCCAAACACUGCCGAGCCUCAAGUUUCAGCGGUUACGGCCGGUUUUGGAGACGCAUUGACUGCAGCGCUGGAUGUGAUGGCGUUCGCCCACGAUCUCGACUUGUCUACUGCUACGGAAGGAAUUCCGACCAACAUCGGCGCGAAGCAGUCGAAAUCGAAGACCGCCUGCAAGGAUCAAGCGAAAUCGGCGACGAAUAAUCAGGAGAAAGGGUCGACGGACGUUCAGCAACAACGGAAACUAACCACGGAAAAUCUGGAUAAUCUGGCGAGCAGUCAUAAUGAUAUUGACAAAACAUCCAGCGAAUUUGUGGCCGUUCGCGAGAUGAAUUCGAAGAACGCGAGUCAUUCGAGCAUGGCCGAGGAUUUUCAGGAUCCGCUUUUGGAGCUUGUGAUUGCUUCCGAAAAUACGGACGAUCCUGAAACGCUGCUGAAAAUAGCGGAGCGGGCCGCAGCGAAUUUCGAAGUGGAGAGCAGUUCGAAAAUAAAUCUGCAAAUUUUGGAGCAAUUCACGAUGACUAAGCUACCUAUGGAGGAGAAAGUUGCCGCUACAAAGAAGCAGUACUUUGUUGAAUCGAGUGACAACGAUUUUGGUGGCGACAACCUACUCGGAACCGAGGCCCGUCUACGUAGAAUAAGAUCAGCGAACAACAGAUUUAUCACGACACGGAGACGGUCGCGGCACACCGAUGACGACCUGUCAUCUACGUCGUCCACAUCCGCCGACAGAAAUCCUCAAUAUCAGCCAUUGCUCAACGGCCCUGAGAACUUGGCGAGCCGUCAAAUCGAAAGUCGAGAGAGCUCUAUCGAAGCAAUUAAGCCGCAAGUAAAGCAGAACGGGUCAUGCGAUUCAGUGAAGAUCAAGGUUCAGAAGCGUCGACCGAAAACGGCGAAAAAUAGGGUAUCACCGAAGGAAAUAGAGGAGGCUGGUCCGAGGAGAAGAGAAUCGAUCGAGCGGAAUAAGGCGGUUUCGCCGGCGACGUCGCCUACUGAUCCGCUCGAACCAUGGAGCACACGCGGCAUUAAGGACAUGAACACGAUAUUGGCUUGGGAGGAGAAUACGCCGGACAGUCCUUAACGAAACUUUACGAUAUUAUGCGCCGUGUACCUCCGGCUGACCGUUCGAUCGACAAAAUGGCAUCAAUGGUUUUUGCCCUGGCAGCAAGUUGCGACGCGUCAAGUACUUGGAAGCUCGAGAUCGCUCGAAAGCCAAACCGAGAUUCAAGCGAUAUAGAGAAUUCUUGAAGGAUUCGAUGGUAACGUUGAGGAAGUAUCGAGAGAAAAAGGGAAAACACAGUCGCUACAAACGGUAUUUGUAUGCCCAUCAAACAAACUCUUAUCGCAAGAUAUAGUUUCUGUUAUUUAAAUAGCUUCUCACAUUUCACUUUCACAGUAUCAAUGUUAUUUGCAGUAUUGAGUUUGUAGCUGCCGACUAUAGGUAUUGGAAUACUUAUUGAUAUUUGGUGUAGAAUGCUAUUCACUGCUUUUGUCCUUUAGUUAUUUUAUUGCUAACCAGUCAUUUCGUCCGCAACGUAUAUGUAUUUCUUGUAAUGUAAAAUAUUAAGUAGGAAAUGAAAUUUGUUAGAUUUUUCGAAUAAAUGUAACCAGUAGGUGUUCCAAUAUUUAUGGUUGGUUAUAUGAAAGUAUUACUAAAUCGGACGAAAUUUGAAAUACUUGGACCCAAUUAAUAGGUAUGUAAAUGCCCAAAUAAAUACAACGAUGUACAAAUGCUUUUUUGUAGCCACUGUAUAUUGCCAGUUCGAAGCAUAUAUACAUGUAAUGUAUAUAAAUACGUACAAGUUUGUUUUUCGCUCAAACUAUCUGGGUACAACGCGAAGUGAUGUUAUUUCGUGUUAUGUCUGUCGUUAUUAGGCAUUUUACAUCUUAUUUCAGCGAAACGCAAUUUGUCUUACAUCGAGUAUUGUGUGUAACAUAUUUCUGUUGAGAAAGACAAAGUGAAAGUUGACAAGAAUCUUUUUGAUUUCAAUUGUUCGAAAUGAAUUUUAUAGAACUUUUGAAAGUUGUUUUAACUUCGUAUCGCAAAAGUAAAUUGUGAUUGAGUUUCGUUAGAGAUGUUAGAGAGAUUCAGAAACAAACUUGCAGUAAUUAACGAAUGAAAAAGAUAUAGGUUUUUAUUCGAAAAAGUGGUUCAAACGUUAAAAUUGUAACGUCGUCAGAUCAAGUUCAUUUAUGUAUUUAAGGAACAAUAGGAUUAAAAAUUUAAUAAGAUUGUCGUCCUUGUACGCGGAUGAUACAAGGAGCGUUUUUGCCAUUCAUUUAGUUCGUUAGUUAAAUCUCUAUAAAUGAAUAACAAACGUAUCAAAUGUUCAUCCAAGAACACUAUAAUCCGAUUACAAGGAGUACGAAAAUACGAAGAUGCUAGGCGAAAAAGCGUUUAUUCCUUUUGUAGCGUACCAACAUUGACUAAUACCAUAAAGGACAAUGACGUAAUGAUAAAAUCAACAAAUAGCAAUUUCUUUCUGCAAAAGGAUUAAUUCUUCGCAUUUGUGAUCGCAGAAAAAAAUCAAAGAACUAAAAUUCUUGCUGACGAACGCCAUUCGUUUGAUCAGAUGUUGCUCAUUAAACUGUUCUUUGAUAUGAAAGCAUAUAUAUCUCGAUAAAGAAACAACAGCAAUGAAAAAUAAAACUCUAGAUAUUUUGAAACAAAGUUUUGAAAAUUACUUAAUUAAAAGCUUUUAUAGAAAUAUUGUAUAAUAAAAUAUAUAUAGUAAUUUGAAGCAUAGUUUGGGUAUCUACGAAUAAACGUUCAGUUUUUGAUAGAUCAAUUUUAAUUAAAGAUAUUGCUCUAGCAUAUCGAUUAUUGAAGUUCAAGAAAGUUCAAG